AUGGCGCCCAAGCCGGCGCAAGAGAACAAGGCAGAUCUGUGGAACCCUGCCGGCUUCGACAUGCCCGAAGGGGUACUGCUCGCACACAUGAGGUUGCCGCCUGCACGCAGAAGGGACUUGGCGACCAUGGGCGGGGACGUUUGGGAGCGCCGCCUGACGGUGCCCCCCGACGGCUUGUGCAUGCUGUACACAUUUCUGGCAGCAUGCGAUCCCCCGACGUGGAGUCGACUACACAGAAGCGAGUUGGGCUUCAUCGAGGACGUCGUGGCCGAGCAGAAUUACAAGGAGGCUGCGCAGAACAUAUUGACGCACAUCCUGAUGCUGCUCCGCACACAAGACAAACACAGGCUGGCAGCUCGUCUCGAAGCCGGAGGACAUCCAGGCGACCAGGAACUCGGCGCCUACAGCGAAGCCUUUGGAUGCGCUAUAUUGGUGACAUCGACAGACCCGGAGGCUUUUCCUGUGAUUCACGGGCAAGGCCCGGUCGGUUUCGAGGUGGAACACUGCCUGACUGUCGACGGCGCCGGUCACGGAGCCGGGCAUUUCGAACUUGUGCGCAGCUGGCUUCCGGCAGAUUGGCUUCAACGAAGGGGCUUCCCUGCAGAAGCUUCGAGCGACGAAAGGUCCCCUGAAGGAGCCGUGGCCAACUUGCCAGUCGCCGCAAGCGCAUCGUGCAGUGUGUCGCCUCAGGCGGUCACCGCCUCCGAGUUUGCGGCUGCACGGCGCCGCCCGCUCGGAGAUGCUGCAGCUCUGCAACAUGAUCCGCCGCCAGCCAAACAGCAGUCGGCAAAAAGAAGCAGGAAGAACAGAGGAGACCAGAAGCGGACGUUGUGCCCUGUGGAAGGAUGUUGCUUCCACACCAGAAGACUGGGAACGGCAGCGCAAAUUCUGCCAGGUGCCGGAACAUGCAUGUUCUGCGGCCAGGACGCUUGCGUCAAGGCAGCCAGCACCCCGCGUGGCAGAGGCAACAUGACACGUAGCUUGAAGAUCUUCUACCUGCAUCAAGAUGCGAAUCCCGAGGUUUACAACCAAGCCAUGGCACAUGUGGCCCGCUUUGCACCGGACCUCGUGGAAGAUUUGCGGCGAAAAGCUCGUUUGCCAAAACGCUCCGCGCGAUUGCCUGCAGAGACCCGGCACAAAAGGGCCGCAGUCAUGGCCCAGCAAUGGGAGACAUGCAAGGCAGUACGGCAGCCGGCUCUCGACCUGAGAGGGGCACAAGCCACGAAAGAGUACCGGAGCGGAGUGCUUGCCGAUCAGCGGUGGGCAACAAAGAACUUUUACCCCGACGCUCCUCGUCGCCCUCGUGCCUCUGGCGACGCCUUGUCUGCCCUCGUGGACAAUGACUGCGACUUGCCGCCCGCGUUCACUUCUGCACGCGCAAUCGGCUUGCAACAAUGGUGCCGCGAGGGGGCAUGGGGCAUGUGCCCAAACCCGGAGUGCAAUCUUCUGCAGCCCCGCAGGCUUAGGGAGAAAGACUUGACCGCGCCUGCCGCAACUCCCUGGAUCGCCGCAUCUGCGUGUCGCAGGUGUGCGCGAACAAAGAGGCAGCUGAUUGUUCCGCGCCCGCAGGACGUGCCGACGGCACUUCGCGAUUUGGACCCUCUGGUGAUCAAGGCUCUGCGGCCAUUGGACAUCGACGUUGGGCCAGAAGUUCGGGCAGGCACCGGCGGGUACAGGAAGAAGGUGCGCAUGAUCACCUUCUCAUGGUGCCUCCAGAGCGUGGAUGCCAAGAUCCGGGCGCUGCCCUCCAAACAUCUACGCCGCAGUGCCAACAACGCUUUCAGAUACUUGCUGUCGAUCCGGGAGGACAACGAAUAUCCCGAGUACUACUCCAGGCAUCGCGCCUUCCUAGCCAAACACCGGGAAGCGCCGACCCCAGAACAAGCCAGGAGGUCGUUGCAUUUCAUCGAGCAGCCGGGCUUGGAGACGGCUCUUUGGCCACAUUUGUACUGGCGGACGUCCAUGUGCGAGUCGUUCGAACGAUUGAACACUCGUCGGCUGCAGCAGCUGCGAGGAAAAAGCGCUGCCGAGAGACCAGACACUGAGGGCUAUGACUCUCCGGACGAACAGGAGGCCGUCGAGCUCGAUGACAGCGACGCCGAGGCCCAUCCAGAAGCAAAGCAGUCCAUCAAGAGAUCCUUCCAAACCAAAGUUUUCAGUCCUUUGCUGGGAUACAACUCCGACUAUGAGCUCUUGCAAUACGUGUUUGAUCUCCACUUGUGGACGGACUUAGGAAGCAAACGCAAUCGUGCAGGUGACACCAGGAUGCGCUUCAUGAUGAAGGGCCACCCCAUGUCACCUUUGUAUUGGGAAAAUUUGAAGUUUGGACUCUUCGAUUUGGUCCGGGAGCUCGGGUUUCCAGAUGUAUACUGGACGUUGGCUCCCUGGGAGCCCAGUUAUCCGUAUCAUACCUUCAUGCUCGACGAGAUGCAGAAGCUCUUGUGUACUCGAACCAAGCUGCCAGCUCUGGAGGCCAUGCACCUCGCACACACUAUGCUCGACACGUGUCGGUUUUAUUUGGCCGGGCAUGGACGAGUGAAGCAAAAGGCCUGGACACAGCAUCUUCUCGGAAGCCAGCAACCUGGGAAAGACGGCAACAACUGCAUCUCUUUUUUCAGUCGCAUCGAAUAUCAAGACGGAUCGAAGAAAGAGGGGACUCAGCGGUACCACGGCAGUGGCAGGCCGCAUGUUCACGCCCUGUUCUGGCUGAAAGACAAGGCCACAGCAGAGUUGGAGAACAGCAUGGCCGCAACUCUGGAUUUGCCACCGGAACAGGAAGCCUUCAAAGCUUUGGUGCACGGGUCGCAGAGAGACUGGAGCGGGGAGAGCCGCUGGCCGGUGCACGCAGGUCCAUCGGAAUUUGACCCGAUCUCCGGACAGCUACAUCUGCAUCAUACUCAAGAAGACGCCGCGGAAGGCGUCCGCGGACAUUUUGUCGCGAUACUAGACGCACUUCGCUGUCAUCAAGAUGCACAAGUGCAGCAGGGAAGAGGCCUACUUUUGAGCUACGUGACGAAGUACGUUGCCAAGUGGAGCGACAGCUCCUACAACGAAUGGAUGUCAGACGCGGCGAGCGUCACCAGCCUAUGCCGCAAGGUGCUCUUCGAGUACCACCCGAAGGAACCGGAGCUGGCGCUGCAGCUCCUGGGAGGAGGAUUGUUUCGCCAAUGGGACUUUGGCACAGUACAUCGCGGCGUGCGGUCGCUGCGGGCACCGCGGCCAAGCAGUCCUGAACAACCUCUUUUCGUGGACCAGUACAUGACCUCUACCUGGCGGCGAGACAACAUGUCGCUCUUCGAGUUCCUCCGUAAGUCCAACAGUUCUACGGGCGCCGUGGCAGGAUGGCUACAAAAGCUUUGGAAAGCAAGCUCUCGCAACCUGAGCCUGGAGGAGUUUGCGAACCGCCACCGGAUGCAAGGCGAGCAAGUGGUGGCGGCCGAGUUUCUGUGGCGACUCAACGACCAAUUCUACGGGCAGUGGUGCAUGAUGCACAUUCCCUUCCGGUCCCCGAAGAAGUUCGCAGUCAAGAACGUUCUCGAGAAGGUGCCCGCGAGAUACCAAUGGCUUGCUACAGCAGUGGUUCUGACUGAUGAUGCCCGCGCAUCGUCCCAGGACCUCGUGGGGUAUUGGCGUGAUCCAAGCCGCAUCGCGCAAGACAUGCAACACGAGGCGCAUUCUGAUGGCUUCAUUCAGGACGUCCUUGCAUUCGUCGAAGCACAAGUUUUGGCUAUCGACCGAUACUUGGCCGGUCAAUUGGAUCGAAGGGAAGAGCAAGCGACAGGUGCGGCACAACAAGCACCGCAACGAGGUCUGCCGGCAUCGCUGUUCCAAGGCAAGCAAGCCGUAUUGCGGCAGCUCGUCCAAAAGCGGGUGGAUCUGGCCAUGCAAGCAACCGCCAGUGCAGAGGAAGAGACCUGGGAGCGUCUGCGCGCGGAGGCCAGCCGAAAAGGGCAUCGGCCCAUUGUCUGCUCCGGUCGUCCUGGCACCGGCAAAACCACUGUUCUUCACCGCAAAGUGCACGACACUUUGGCAGCCGGUGGGUCCGUGCUGGUAACCAUCCCGACGGCAAGGCAAUCAACCCGCAUGGCUGAAAAACUGGGGUCGCACGAGUUGCUGGUUGUGGAGACAUCGGCAGCAGCCUUUCAAUUUCACAAACCCGAACAGGAAGUGAUGUACGCCAUGCACGGGUUUGCGUUGGUCAUCGUCGACGAGUUUUCCCAACUAUCACAAGAGCAGUUUGAACGGAUUCUGCACAUGUGGUGCGCGGCAGACAACUUCCCCGCCUUGAUUUUUGCCGGCGACAAGUACCAACUCCCAGGCAUCGAACCAACGCGCCCAUGGGACAGUCCCGCAUGGAAGAGCGACACGCUCUACUUCUUGGAGCUGACGGAGGUGUGGCGCACAACCGACAAGAGCUUCUUGGAAACGUUGGAUCUGCUCCGCACCUGCAUGCCAACAUCCCGAGAGCUGCAGAAGAUCUGUCGAGGCCACAAAGCAUGGGUCGGGCAGGAUCCGACCGUCGCAGACGUCAAGCGACUUCUGCGGGACCACCCGCGCGCAGUGUGGGUGGCGGCCACUAAACGAGGAGUGGCGCAGAUCAACCAGCUUGCUUUGGAGGCCCUGCACCCACGCGCAGAACCAGUAGUGACGUUACCAGGUGCCUUCGAAGACAACCCCGACAACUACAAGAAGGACGGCACGCUCGUGGACGACCAGCAUCUGGUCACAGCCGAUGUUCCCAUCCACCAAGGACUGAAGCUUUAUCUCACCAGGAACGUACGCAAAGCCGACGAUUAUGUCAAUGGCAUGCAAUGCAAAGUCUUGUCUGUCGACAUGGAGCGCAAGAUCUUGUGGGUACGAACAGAGACCGGCAAGCGGUUGCCCAUCACCCCAUGGCACGAUCCAGAUCACUCAGGGCUCGUGUACUACCCGAUCAGGCUUGGGUUCUGCACCACGGUGCACAAAGUCCAGGGCGACGAAUUCGAUUUCAUCAUUGUGUACUUGGACACCGCAGGCAUGCCCGCCGUUGGGUAUACAGCUCUCAGCCGCGUGCGCAACGCACGCUCCUAUCUGCUGGGGGGCAUGCUGACGCGGGAGCAUUUCACGCCGGUAACGCUGCGCUGA